AUGUUGCCCUCCCUAAGCAAGAGCACUUUCCCCACCCGACGCAAGCUCUCGGAUGCCAUCAACAAGAUAUUGCGACCCUACGUGAAGGCAUGUCGGGACAUCGUACUCGUGGGGCACGACAUCAACCAGGACAUCCAAUAUCUCGAAUCCAUCGGCAUAGCCAUACUUGAGGUCAAGGGUAUGUCGCUCGUCGUCGACAGUCAAUCGACCCACCAAGCGUGGAAGAAGAGCAGCAACGGUCGCAGCCUGUCGGCGGUCCUGGCGGACCUCGCCAUCGAGAGCAAGAACCUCCACAACGCGGGCAACGACGCCGUCUUCACCAUGCGCGCACUCAUCGGAGUUGCCAUUGAAGAUAUUCGCCAGAAGAAGGUGGAGGAGGGCGGGGGAACAUAUGAGCCUCCAUUCUAG